CUGUCCUUGUCUUCGUUUCUUCAGUCCAGAUCUGCGAAGUGCAAGGUUCUUUUUUGAGCGGGAAGCAGUGUACCAUGGUGUACUGUUUUGAGUUCUUACAUACCCAAAGGGUAAUUACUUGCAGUGUACUGCUUUGAAUUCUUACAUACCCAAAGAGUAUGCACAAGAUGAGUCGACAUGAUUGUUGAGUAUUACUAUACCACACACUGCAUACCAACAUGACGAUCAUGUUGUGUUUGUCAAGCUUCCCUUGACAUAUCAAACUGGCUUGACGACCUUUCACUCUUCAAUCCGAGACUUCAUGUCUUCGGCACCAGUGAAAGUAUGAGAGCACAGCAAGUUCGUAGCCCUUUUGAAGGCUGCUAGCACUUUGUCUUCAGCAAAUUUGUGGACUGCACUUUCGAUUCUUACGGCAUUUAAUAGGUCACUUGGAAGGGUGCGAUAGAGGCCAGUUAUUCGGGCUCAGAAGAAAUGGCGUGUGGCCGGUGUUGCCUUGUGCUGCUCUCGACGUUUGCUGUGCUGUUGGCCAUAGCACUAUAUCCUCUGUCGCAAUGGGAUGAGAACAUUGCCAUGAAAACUCGGAUCAGCGGCAGAAUCCUGGACAUGUUCAUCCUACCACGGCCUUCAGUCAACUUUUUGAGCGUACUGGCAUUCCUGAGAGGAACAAGCCGACCGGAAGCCAGUCGCCAUCUCAUGUCAGUACUGAGCUCCAUAGUUGACACAAGCUAUGUUAGCAGUGAGGGCCGCACAGUGGCUGGUGUUCCUGUGCGCUUGUAUCGACCAGCGACUGUUGACGCGGACGCAGUGCUACCAGUGCUGGUGUACUUCCACGGCGGUGGCUUUAUCACUGGACACAUAGAUGCUUAUGACAACGUGCUAGCGAAUUGGUGCCGCGAAUCUGACAUCGCCGUGAUUUCCGUUGACUACCGCUUGGCUCCCGAACAUGUCUUCCCUGCGGCGUUUGAUGACUGCUUUGCUGUGACUAAGGCAGUUCUUGGUGACCAGGCGGUAGCUGCGGCACUACGAGUCAACUCUUCGUUGGUCAGUGUUGGCGGUGACAGUGCUGGUGGAUCACUGGCAGCGGCUGUUGCUCUGCACAUCAGCAGGGUCACAAGUCUACCUCGUGUGCGUGCUCAGGUCUCAAUAUUCCCAACAAUGAAAGGUGCACUUGAUGAUCCGGAAACCGCACUAUCGUUUUGGGCUCCCGGUGGACUGACACCCGAGAUGAUGUUCUUAUUUCGUGCCUGGUAUCUGGGCGGAAUGGAACACUAUGAACUCCUCUAUUCGCAAUUGACCGAGCGCUCACUGCAACUUCUUCCCGCGGAAGUUUGGAAGAACGCCAGCCUUCGAUUGGAAGGUGUGGACGUUGAACUGGUCACCCCAGAUACAGACAAGUACCCGUAUGCAGAGCGAUUUUUGAGCGAGUCUAUGAGUCCUCUGCUUUCCCAGGACUUGAGUACGGUACCACCAACAAUCAUCUUGCUGGCAGGCAUUGAUCCGUUGUAUAGUGAUGGUCUGCUGUAUGAGCGACGCCUGAAGUCGGCCGGUGUGGAAGUUGAGCUGGUGGAGUAUAAGAACCAAAUACAUGGCUUCUUUGCAUUUGUUCCCACCAAUAUCACUGUUCUGGGUGCUACGCUUCCCUAUGGUAAUGCUGAAGCUCUAGAUGCCAUGAAGCAAAGCGUGAGAUUUGUCCUUGAUCACCUUUAGAUCACCCUCGGACAGUCCUCUCCACCAACACAUACAACAAUGUGACAAUGGCUAUUUCAAGUUUGGUCCUCCA